AUGAAUGCUUCUCUGCAAAAUGCUCCCCAGGGUCUGUUAACAUUCAAGGAUGUGGCUGUGGACUUCUCACAGGAGGAAUGGGCAUGUCUUGACUCUGCUCAGAGGGCAUUGUACAUGGAUGUGAUGUUGGAGAAUUACAACAAUCUGCUUUUUGUGGAGAAUCAUCGCGUAUGUCAUCAAUAUGAGAGUGUUCAAGACACACAACAUAUUGUUGAUGAGCAUGUGAGUAUCCAUGAGAAGUCUUAUAAAUAUCAUGAGCUAGGCAAAAUCAUUCGUAAAUCCACUGAAUGUAUACCUUAUAAAACUAACCUUGAGGAUACAUCUAUUGAAUCAUCAAAACGAAACAGACAUGAAACUGGAAACACCAGAGAACCUUGCCAAUCUAAAAACUGUAUAAACUGUUUAAAUUUGUGUUCUAGCAUUAGUCUAAAUCAAGGAAUCCACAUAGGAAAGAAAAAACACAAUGGUACAGCAAUUUUCCACGCUAAACAAAAACUCAUGCCGAAACAAACCAAUAAUGGAAAGAAAACUUACAAAUGUAGUCAAUGUGACAAAUGCUUCACCAAGAAAUGUGACCUUAGUAUUCAUCAGAGAAUUCAUACAGGUGAGAAACCUAACAAAUGUAGCGAAUGUGGCAAAUACUUUACUCAAAAAGGCAGUCUUAUUAUUCAUCAGAGAAUUCAUACAGGAGAGAAACCUUACCAGUGUAAUGAAUGUGACAAAUGCUUUACCCAAAAAUGCAGUCUUAUUUUUCAUCAAAGAAUUCAUACAGGAGAGAAUCCUCACAAAUGUAGUGAAUGUGACAAAUCCUUCACCCUCAAAAGUGAUCUUAGAGUUCAUCAGAGAAUUCACACAGGAGAGAAACCUUACAAAUGUAGUGAAUGUGAUGUGUCUUUUAUCAAGAAAUCCAAUCUUAGAAGACAUCAGAGAAUUCAUACAGGAGAGAAACCUUACAAAUGUAAUGAAUGUGAAAAAUCCUUUACCCACAAAUGCAGUCUUAGUAUUCAUCAGAGAAGUCAUACAGGAGAGAGACCUUACAAGUGUAGUGAAUGUGACAAAUGCUUUACCAACAAAGGAUACCUUGUAAGUCAUCAGAGGAUUCAUACAGGAGAGAAACCUUACAAAUGUGAUGAAUGUGACAAAUGUUUUACCCACAAAUGCAGUCUUAGUAUUCAUCAGAGAUCUCAUACAGAAGAAAAACCUUACAUAUGUAAUGAAUGUGGUAAAUUCUUUAGCCACAAAUGUAGUCUUCACGAGUAUCAGAAAAUACAUACUGGAAAGAAACCUCACAAAUGUAAUGAAUGA